AAGUUCUAAAGUUUGAAGACAUGCCAGAUUGGGUAAAUUGGUUAUGUUUUGAUUCUGAAAAUGAAGGUGAAGCUUUUCCUCGUCUUGAAGUGCUUCAUAUUGUUAAGUGCCCCAAGCUAACAGGAGGGUUGCCCAUCCAUCUUCCUUCUUUAGCCAAACUUAAGAUUGUUGAAUGUUCGCAGCUGGAGGCCUCACUCCCAAGGUCUCCUACUCUACGUCAAUUGGAGUUAACAAAUUUUAAUGAGGUUCUGUUAAAUGAAUUGCCAUCUGGAUUACAAAAACUAGUACUUAAAAGAUCUGAUGCAUUACGGUCCCUACAGGAGGGAAUGAUGGAUUCCAGUAGUCCUCUUCAAGAAUUGGAAAUCGAUGGUUGUUGCUCGCUCAUGUUACUUUCCGAUGAUGGUCUACCCUCCACAUUAGAAACUCUUAAGAUCUCAAACUGUAAGAAGUUAGAAUUCCCAGUGCACUUCAACUAUUCAUCCCUCAAAGAGUUGUACUUGGAAAAUAGUUGUGAUUCUCUUAGGUGCUUUCUAGUAAAGUUAAUCGCCGAGAUCAAUAUUUUCACCUUUCAAAGUUUCUUUCAAUAG